AUGGCCGCCACCAACAGCCAACAGAGUCACUACAGCUACGCCGACAACAUGAACAUGUACAACAUGUACCACCCCCACAGUUUGCCGCCCACCUACUACGAUAACUCCGCCAGCAAUGCCUACUACCAGAACAGUUCCAGUUACCAGAGCUACCAAAGCUACUAUCCGCAGGAGAGCUACUCGGACAGCUGCUACUACUACAACAACAUCCAAGAGCAGUCCCAGACCGCCCAAACCGCCCAGUCAGCGCCAAUCACACCCCCACCGAAGUGCGCCAAGCGGAAGGCCGAAGAGGAUGCCAUCAUCGCCGCCGUUGAGGAGCGACCCAGCACCCUGAGGGCUCUGCUCACCAACCCCGUGAAGAAGCUGAAGUACACCCCCGACUACUUCUACACCACCGUGGAGCAGGUGAAGAAAGCCCCGGCUCCGGUCUCGGUCCCGGUCUCCAAGGUCGCCGCCAGUCCCGCCCCCAGCUACGAGCAGGAGUACGUGGCCGUGCCCACGCCCAGCGCCUCCGAGGACGUCGACUACCUGGACGUCUACUCCCCCUCGCAGUCGCAGUCGCAGAAGUCGCAGCUGAAGAAUGGCGACUUUGCCACCCCGCCGCCAACCACGCCCACCUCCCUCCCGCCACCCGUCGAGGGCAUUAGCACGCCACCCCAGUCGCCGGGGGAGAAGUCCUCGUCGGCUGUCAGCCAGGAGAUCAAUCAUCGAAUUGUGACAGCCCCGAACGGAGCCGGCGAUUUCAAUUGGUCGCACAUCGAGGAGACUUUGGCAUCAGAUUGCAAAGACUCGAAACGCACUCGCCAGACAUACACUCGCUACCAGACCCUGGAGCUCGAGAAGGAGUUCCACUUCAAUAGGUACAUCACUCGGCGUCGUCGCAUCGACAUCGCCAAUGCCCUGAGCCUGAGCGAACGGCAGAUCAAGAUCUGGUUCCAGAACCGACGCAUGAAGUCCAAGAAGGAUCGCACGCUGGAGAGCUCGCCGGAGCACUGUGGUGCGGGCUACUCGGCGCUGCUGCCGCCACUGGAGGCCACCACCACCAGCUCUGGUCCUGGCCCCGCUGCGGUGUCAUCAGUGCCCAUGUACCACCACCAUCACCACCACCACCAGGCCACGGCCAGCAGCUAUCCCGCCUACAACCACAACCACAGCCAUGGCCACAGUCACGGCUAUGGCCUGCUGAACGAUUACCCACAGCAGCAGCAGAGCCAUCAGCAGUACGAGGUCUACCCGCAGCAGUACCAGAACCAACAGCAGUGCGGCUACCAGCAGCAUCCGCAGGACCUCUACCAUCUGCCCUGAGCUCCUCGGUACCGCCGUACCGCCGUACCGCCACACACCCAACACGCACUUCCCUCGACCAUUUGUAGGUGACACGCAAAUGGCGAAAGCCGAGAACGAAGCUGCGAAGCGAUGAGUCGCACAGUAGAGGCACAGUAGAGGGCGCAGCGCACUCCCUAUGGUGCCCAGGACCCUUGGGCACAAGGACGAGUGCGCCUGUGCAGCGGCGCAGACAGACACACAGCCUGCCUGCCCAGAGAAAUGAAAUGAUCAGGCACGGGAACAGGAAGAGGAACAGCAAGAGGAAAAGGAUCCUUGCUGCGAGCGGAACCCAGUGGCUGGCCAUGAUGGGUUCUCAGCGAUCGAUUAGCUGCGGCCAAACACAA